UUAUAUAUUUUUAACAACAUAAUUGAAUGUAGCCUGUAUUAUUAUUAUUUACAAUAAAAAUACAAUCAAAAUGGCAAAGUAUGAGUACGAUUUCAGUGUUAUGAUUCUUUAUAAAACUUCAAAUGUAGUAACAGUAAAUAAUAUACAGUUGAGUCAUUAACGAAUAUAACGAUAAGUGGUAAAGCUAGGUGUUAUUUAGAAUGUUAAAGACAAUUAUAUCUACAACUCUUGUCAAUUUGAGUUGUCUUAAAACUGCAGGUUAAAAGAGAAUAAGAUUAAUUACGAUGCAUAUGUGGUUUUGGUUUGGAAACAAUUUAGGCAAUUUUCUUUUACCAGGGUAUAAUGUUGUCACAACUUCCAGUCUUUUUUGCACCUGUUUAGGUUUAUUUGCACUUGCAAUAUUGUAUGAAAGUAUGAAAGUUUUACAAAUUAAAUUACAUCAAAGUAAUUUAACCCUUAUACAAAAUCAAAGUCCAACAUUAUCGGAAAAUUCUUGUUUAUUACCAGGAAUAUCCUCAAAAUCUAUCAGAAGAUAUAUUUCUUUACAUUGUACACAAUGGUCUACAUGGAGUUUUCAACUAUUUCACUGGUUUGUACAUACAUCCCUUGGUUACCUUUUAAUGUUAGCUGUUAUGUCAUAUAAUAUAUAUGUAAAUAUUGCUAUUAUAUUGGGAGGAGGUAUUGGAUAUUGGAUAUUUGGUCCAAAACUCAUAGAAUUAAAUAUGAAGCAAUUUUUAAAAAAACAAACAUUGAUAGACUGUGAUAAAGAAUGUGCUGAUAAUACAGCAUCUUAUCAAGGAGAUGGAUUAACAGUUACAGAACAGUUAGUAACAGAAACUAAUGUUGAGAUUCAUAUAUCAAGAGAUACUUGUUAAUACCAAAAAAAAAAAAAAAUGGAUUACUGUCUAUUUAUUUACAAAGGAGCUCAAAUUGUGGCGCCGUCUGAUAUGAUGGAUGGGAGGAUACGUGCAA